GCUGUUGCUAGCCAGGUAUUCGUGCUACGGGGGCUGUCAAAACGUUGACACCCCAUUUUGAUAUCUUUGCUCCUGGGCUUUUAGGCUACGCGGCCCGCACGAAGGACAGCCAACAGUAGGCUAGCAAGCAGACGUUUUUUUGUGCUUGGACAAUAUGCAUCAGCGCAGUUUCAUUAUAUUUAUUAUUUCUAAGUGAUGUAGGCGCAGUAGCCUACCAGCUCCAUUUUAGGCUGCCAGGUCCUAUUCCUGUAGGGCUAUUGUGUGGAUGGAUGGAAACCUGUAGGGGGAGGAGGAGGUGACUGCGAAGUGACCAGAUAAGAGAACUGGCUUAUUGGCUUGCUGCUGCCUGGAGCUCCUAUUUUAUCAGGAACAAGAGGUCUUGCCAUUUAUUUUACAGGCCGAAAACAACGACAUAGCACCCAGGAGCAUACCGAGAGGACGGUAGCAUGAUAGUCGUGGAGGGGAAUCGGCAGGAAGAGGGCCCGUAUCUGCAUUUUACUUCGCCUACACCGAAUUCAUUGAGUCGGUAACCAGCGUCCGACAUGGGGAAGGAAGUAAAUGGCGUUUCGCGGAGCCGGUUUGAGAUGUUCACAAACAGUGAUGAGGCGGCCAUCAAUAAGAAGCUACCUAAGGAGCUGUUGCUACGAAUCUUCUCCUUUCUGGAUGUGGUGACACUCUGUCGCUGUGCCCAGGUCUCACGGUCCUGGAAUGUUCUGGCCUUGGACGGCAGCAACUGGCAACGAAUCGACCUCUUUGACUUUCAGAGGGACAUUGAGGGCCGGGUGGUGGAGAACAUCUCAAAGCGAUGUGGGGGGUUUCUUAGGAAGCUGAGCCUGCGGGGUUGCUUGGGUGUGGGUGACAGCGCCCUGAGGACUUUCUCGCAGAACUGCAGGAACAUUGAGCUGCUUAGUCUGAACGGCUGCACCAAGAUCACUGACAGCACCUGUAAUAGCCUCAGUAAGUUCUGCCCAAAGCUGAAGCACCUGGACCUCGCAUCCUGUACCUCAAUCACCAACCUGUCACUCAAAGCUCUCAGUGAGGGCUGUCCCCUGCUGGAGCAGCUCAACAUCUCCUGGUGUGAUCAGGUCACCAAGGAUGGCAUCCAGGCCUUGGUGCGUUGCUGUCCUGGACUCAAAGGCCUUUUCCUCAAGGGAUGCACACAGCUCGAGGACGAGGCUCUGAAGCAUAUUGGGGGUCACUGUCCAGAGCUGGUCACACUCAACUUGCAGACAUGCUCACAGAUCACAGAUGAGGGCCUCAUCACAAUUUGCCGGGGUUGUCACCGCCUGCAGUCUCUCUGUGUGUCAGGCUGUGCCAAUAUCACAGACGCCAUCCUGCACGCCCUGGGACAGAACUGCCCUCGCCUCAGAAUAUUAGAAGUGGCUCGCUGCUCUCAGCUUACAGAUGUGGGCUUUACUACAUUAGCAAGGAAUUGUCACGAGCUUGAAAAGAUGGAUUUAGAAGAAUGUGUGCAGAUCACAGAUGGAACACUCAUCCAGCUGUCUAUCCACUGCCCUCGUUUGCAAGUCCUGAGUCUGUCUCACUGUGAGCUGAUCACCGAUGAUGGCAUCAGACACCUCGGCAGCGGCCCUUGUGCUCACGACCGUCUGGAGGUGAUCGAGCUGGACAACUGCCCCCUGAUCACAGACGCCUCGCUGGAGCACCUUAAGAACUGCCAUAGUCUGGAUCGUAUCGAGCUCUAUGACUGCCAGCAGAUCACCCGCGCCGGCAUCAAGAGACUAAGGACCCAUCUGCCUAACAUCAAAGUGCAUGCAUACUUUGCUCCCGUCACUCCGCCCCCCUCUGUCGGGGGCAGCCGUCAGAGGUUUUGCCGCUGCUGUGUCCUGCUAUGAUGUAAAGACAACAACCCCCCCCCCCUUUCCUCUCAUGGUGUCCCUUGUACAAGCUCCUUGCAGCCAGUCACUUGACCCCUGACCUGCUGCCCCCCUCCCGGCGCCCUGUCAUAGAGUACGUGCUGGUGUGUCCCACCUUUAGAGCUGCAGAGAGAGGGAGAAAGCCAAAACAUGCUACAAGGUCUUCGGUAACGUUCCCAAAAACAUUCCCGACUCUCUCCACCACACAAAUACAGUACAGACACAACACACUACCAUGCACAGAUUAUCGCUUAAAAGAAUGUCAGAACAUUCCUGGUCUGUGUUCAGUGGACAAACCAGUAUUACAAAGAGGGUUAUGAAAAAAUCAAAUGUGGUCACCACUUUUAUGGGAUUUAACUUUUCAUCAAAUAGAAGUAAAGAAGAAUCUUCACAUCUAAAACCAUUGUUCUGUAUUUUAGGGGAAGUGAUCCUCUUCUCUUAUUCAGCAGUUUGAGACAGAUUACAGUUCUAGCCUCCUAAACAUAAUAUUGAAAAGGCUGAAAAAUCCCUCUUAACCACUCACACAUACUUCCCUCUGUGUUGAAGGUCACUUAACAGCUACCUCUAGACGGGAACUGCUUUGUUCUGCUGGCUGUUAUUUCAAACUGUCUGUAAACUGCAGACACCUCCAACACACAGAAAGCAGGAAGAAAGCAUAGUUUGGGGAUAAAAAAAAAAAAAAAACAUACUUGCAGCUAUUUGCACUUACAGUAAAGCAAUGAUGAGACACUUUACAAAGACGAUCAUCUCAGAAUUCAAGACUGCGAUUUACUAACGCACACAACAAAUCUUCAUGCACACACUGAGCUUGCUACACCUGUACCCUCACCUCUCUGUGUCUCCGUUACAAUCAGAAGCUUCAAUAUACUGAAGACAAAAAAAGACAGUUUAAUAUUUUUCUAAAAAAAAAAAAAAAAAAAAAAUGGACACCAAUUUAGACUCACAAGUGGGGACUUGAGAAGAUGCCAAAUGUUGCAUGUAACACCUCUAGUUUUUUUAAAAUCUAAUUGUAAAUAUAUAUGAGGACUGUGGAGUCCGAGAGUCAAAGCCAGCUAAACGACCGAUGAUGAUAUGAGAUGGGGCAGAGAUUUCUGUCGAUGGGUCUUUCAGAGGGGAACUAUGGCGAAGCUUGCACGUUUGUUUUAAGUGUGUUAGAAUAUGUGCUGGAGCUUUGGACAGUCAAAAUGAGCCGACACUUAAUCUGGAGUUUGACAGAAGAACUGAUGCUGGGCUGGGAAAGCUCAUGUCAACAACAGAAAAGUUAAAAAGACACUCUUCUGACAGAAUGGA